AGUGUUUAAGGAAUAAGUGAAAACAUUUUACUUCGAGGGAACAAACUGGAGGUAUAAGGCGAUAAUGUCUGUAAGCCCUGAACCUCAGUCUACUCCAGGCGUCGUCGAACUCCGUGAGGACGUCCCACUUAAGCUGUACAACACAUCUCCGGGCCUCUGCGCGGGAGGGCCUAGACUCAUAAUAGGUGCCUUCGCGGCCCUCACUAUAGCUAUAACAAUAGCUCUUUUCACACAGAUCUACUAUGGAGACUACCAAGUGGUCCCCCAUGGUUCCGUAUCAUCAUCAGCAGCAGAAUGUUCUAGUAUCGGGACCAGUAUAAUGAGAGACGGCGGUGGGGCUAUAGAUGCUGCUAUCGCGAGUUCCUUGUGUCUGGCCGUUGUGGCACCGCAUCGGACUUCGCUUGAUGCGAGUGGAUCCUUACUGUUCUGGGAAUACAGAAAAUCUCCUACAGAACAGCCUACACUGAUUGAAUGGGGUGGUAUCCAGAAUACAUCAUUGUCGCCUGCACCAAGACUUAUAGUGGCUAUGGCUGCGUUACACAAAACGUAUGGUGUGAUGCCAUGGUCAAAAUUAUUGAAACCUGCGAUAGAUUUAGCCAGUACUGGUUACAACGUGUCUACGGGACUCUCAAUCGCGGCAGCCUCGCAAGCAGAGCCGGGUUACAUCACAGGGUCGAUCCGGAAAGAACCGCUAUUAGCCAGUUACUUACAAUUACUGCAACAUAAUACAAGUACAGAGUUAUGCGCCACCUGGCCCUGCGAGGUUCUAGCUCCCACUACGAGGGCCGCAGUCCUAGCAGGGCCCUGGCGGGUGUGGACUGGGUCAGCAGGUGCUAUGGCUGCCACCGCGCUCGCAGCGGCCCUGGAUCCCGCGCCGCUGACAGCUCUAGAUGGGUUCCAACGGGUAGUCGCAAGUUUACAAGCGCAAGCGACUGCAGCAGCGGGCAGUUGGCCGAGCGGUGUCGCGUCAGGCCUUGCUGUUAUUGAUCCGCUGGACACAUAUGUCGCGCUAGUAACAGGUCUAUCAGUAGGUUUUGGCUCUGGUAAUAUGACAGGGGACGGCUGGAAACAGGACACUCCACCAACACCAUUAGAUUUGGCGCCGGCUAUACUUGUCGAUGAGUUUGUGUGCGGUACGAGGUAUGUAAUGGGUGCAGAGUCACUUUCAGCGCUUGCAGAAGGUGCAGGUGCAGCGCUUAUAGAGGGUCCCUUGAAUAUAGUGGAUGCUGUAGAAAGCGCUAGAGUCGCUGUCGGCGCUGGUGGUACGCUAGCGUUGGAACCAGAUAGAUUGUUACCUCCAGCGGCUUUAGCUACCCUCCUCAAUGGAAUACCGCUAAACGCAACGCUUCCUCUUGCAGCGCUUAAUUUGGUUCAGCAGAGGGGAGACGAACUAUUAUCACACGCUGACAGUCGCGGCGGCGGACUUGCGUCUAGAUUUUAGUUGAGAAUAAAUUAUUGUUGAUUUAUCA